AUGUUGGUGGCCACUCUUCCGUUUGUUACAUACGUCUGCUGCCUCGUCUGGAGUCUGAGGCUUCCCCAUCCCUCUGCAUUUGGCGUACUCUAUGAACUCGAAAACCUGGAAAAGCCCUUGGACCCGGUGCUCAAAAGUUCACAGCCAGUUCUCAUCAUGGCGCCCAACGGGCUUCACGGACCUACGGAUCAGAGAUGGCUAUGCCAAAGAUGGAGCCAUCAAGUCUGUGACGAAUCUAGUCACGUUAACCACCUCUCGUUAAUUAACUCUUCUGAACCCCUCCAGGCUCCAGCUAGAACGAAAAAGGUUCUGGAAAGCGGCAAAAAUCUGAUCUGA